GGAGCUGAAUCUGAAUCUCCAGAGACUUGCCCCAGUCGAGAACAUGAGCUUCGACUCAGUUCAAAUGAAAUCUUCAUCCAAAACGGUCGUGUAGGGUUCGUUUCGUUCGCUCGUUUGAAUUUACGCGGUUCCGGGACGAUCAUUGCGCGAAGUGUGCUUCUAAAUUCCGAGAUUCGAGAUUCGAGUUGAGUGCGGCGACGUUUGAUGCUGUUUCGAGAGUUUUGCGUCCAACAUGGUCUCAGCGUGAUGCGCCGAUUUCCCGUCGCGCAUUAGUUGAAAGAGUGCACGCACAAACCGUGAGCCACUCCGAAAAGGGGUUUCAGUGUUUGACAGCGACAUUCAGUGGUUUGACACAAGCAUCAACAAAAAAGAGGGCAGCGCAAAUCAACUCAACAGCUCACACAGAGCCCAGGGUACAUCGAUCAAUCAAUAGUUGGUGUUGAGUGGUUCGCGCGCAGGUGUGGUUUGUGAAGAAUUUUAGCGUGUAGUUCCAGGUGUGAUCACAAUGGCAUCCAACACGAUCCGAAGGUUGCCAUUGCUGGAAGUAUUCGGAUGGACGUUUCUGCUGGUGGUAGUUGGGGAAGGCAUCCGAGCGCAGGAAGUAAAGAGAUCACAGGUGCUGAAUGACGGCUCAUUCAAGUUUGCCGCGAAGACAAGCUUCUCCUGCAAUGGCCGUGCCGCCGGAUAUUACGCGGAUGUUGAAACGGGGUGCCAGGUUUACCACAUGUGCGAUGGGUUGGGGCGUCAGUUUAGCUACGAAUGUCCGAACACAACUCUGUUUCAGCAGCGGAUGCUGAUUUGUGACCACUGGUAUAUGGUCAACUGCUCGAAAGCCGAGAGUAACUAUGCGGCCAAUUUACUCAUAGGUCAACGAGAUAAGCCUUUUGUGCCGGAGGAAGAAAAUGAAGUUCGUACUCCCCGACCAGAUCUUCUGGAUCGACCGUAUGCAUCCGCCUAUAAUGGCGAACCUUUCAAGUUUAACUUCAUAAAGACGAACUUUCCGGCACCCCAGAAUGCGAUUAUAUUCGACAGAAAGACACCCGGGAAGGUUCCGCCAACUAAGGCAAAGUCAACAACUGUUGAAAUCUUCGAAGAAAGUGCCAGCAAUCAUGGGCUUCCAAUCCACUGGGGUACACGCUAUGCGGAUGAAAACACCGAAAAACCAACCGAGAGUGAGAGCCCAGGAUCGACAGCCUUGGACAGUACUACAAUUACACUGAACACAGAAGAGGAGGAGUUACAGAGUAACAAAAUCAACGAGCGACGAGAUGCGAAUGAAGAUGAAACGAAAGAUGAAAGUCGUAAUACGGUACGGUUCGCCUCCAGCGAAAAUCGAACUAGUAAAGUGGUUGUGUCGAACGGGGAGGCAUUCAAUGGGAAUCGAGCCAACGCGAAGGUCCCAUCGAUUCGAUAUGAGCCACCUUUCCGUACAGAAGAAGUGACAAGGAGGGCGAACACAAGUACAAGCAAGGAAACAUUGGGCGCAGGUUUCAAACCAUUUGAGUCAAUUUUGAACUUCAACAAGAAGGGUAACAGGAAGGACUACGAUUUUUCUAAUUUCUUUGGACGGAAUGAAAGCAUAAGGAAUACGAUUCCAACCACAACAUCAACAGUUGGCACAAACACUACGCCCAGAUCGCCCAGACCGGGUACAAUCCAAUUUUCCAGCAGCUUUGCAUCCCCCACAACAACACGACCUACAACCAGAUUCACAACGACACCUCGGAAGCCCACUUUUAUUACUUCUUUCAGUACCACGCCCAGACCAAUUACUGUAGUUAUCUCAGAAAAUCAACCACCAAAGAUAAACACGGCUAAAUUCACUCAGCAGACUCCAUUUUCUUUCUCUUUACGAAGCACCACUUCUACUACCACCACUACUACCCCCAGGACAGUGACCAAAACGGCGGCAAGUAGCACAGUUGGCACCGAUGCACCGAAGGCAUUUGCGGACCCACGUGAAUCAAAUCGCCCUCCAACGACCAUUGUAUUCAACGCCCCGGCGGCGACAGCCGGUUUGUUCGAAAAUCGUUUUGCAUUCCAACGGCCACCGGUGGAACAAGUAAACGUACCAAUUCCUUCACGUGACCUAUUGCCUCCCUUCCCGAAUGUGGCCAACUUCGAUAAAAUUAAAACCCAGUUCGUGAGUCAACCUGUCUUUACACGACAACCUAUCACAAACGAACCUUCGGCUGGACCCAUUACAAGUGGCAUCGACAAGCUUGUGCACAACGAAGCCGCGAUCGAGGUUCGCCAGGAUACCGUGCCCCGACCCUUCAGUGUCCCAAAACCGUCCGGUGAGCUGCUUCCUCCGCACAAGGAUUAUGUUUACUACGAUGAUUCGACCACCAAGGGUCCACCAAUUUACUACCAAUGGAAAUGGUCUAUUCCUUCUUUCGGUCUGGACCCGCCUCUUGACGCACCCCUCACGGAUGAGGAAAAACUUCUCACCCAGCUCAACCCAGCCUCCUUGGAUCCAUCAUACGAGUCGAACCGCGAACACAAUCAAACCGCCCGCUCAAUUUCGUCGGAAACGGGAAACCCCGGUGAAAAUAAUGCCACCGGGAAUACGAUCGCUGAAUCUAACAAACGAACGAUUCAACUACCGGAACACAAUUAUCUUGAGCUACGCAAAAAGCUCGCCAUCCCCAAUUUCACCUUCCCGCUGGAAAGUGAGGUCAGUCCGCGCGGGACGUAUGAGUACGAUGGGGCGGUGAACUCCUUCCAGAUUAAAAUUCCAGCGUAUGCGAGGAGUGACGACGUCAGUCCGGCCUGGUACGGUGAAAACAGCAAGUGUCCCGAAUGCCAUCCUACCUUUCUAAGGCCUGGCAGUUGUGAACCGUGCGUUAAAAUACGUCGAUAAUGAAAACCCGCUCCUCUAUCCGUAACACAAUUUGUACACAUAAGAUGCUAGCUCAAGGUGAUCUUCCUACUCUAUCCUAUCCUUAGAUGUUCCAGUUUCUCGAAAGAAAAAAAAAUCAAAACAAAACGAAUCCCACGAAUAAUGCAUUGAUACCUUUAGCGAUAAGAUUUGGCAUACUAACUCUCCACCUCGAGGAAAACGAGGAGAUCAUUUUGCAGAUCAUGACCUCGCCAUUAAGUUAUUCACGCUCUCUUUCACUUCAUCUGCCCAUACAUACAAUACCUCAAAGCCUCCGUGAAAUUCAACCUCUUUAUCCGAAAUAGAAAUGUUUGCCCCGAACAGCUUCAUCAGCUUUAUAAACAAAGUUACAAUACAGUACUGGACAAAAUAAAGCAUGCACCUGUGAUAUUUUCAAACUUUCUUGAUUUUGGUAGAAUCUAAGCCAUAUGGAUAUUAAUAUAUGUUUGAUACAGCGACAUGAGAACGAUACAUAAACUUAAAAAGAGCAUUUCUUGGGAAAUUUUUAUUUUUCUGGUGGACAAAAUAAUUACAGUAAUUCAACAUUCAAACUGAUUCUUCUCUACAUUAGUAUUAAGUUUGGACGCCUUUAGCUUCAAUCGCGGAUUGCAGGCGUCGAGGCAUACUAUCAGCGAGGUUGAAAUUAUUCAAAGCUUCAAACAGUUUGUCGAAAUUUUGAUCCAAAAUGGACUACAAGUGUUCUAUUGGUUUUAAGUCCCGGCUUUAUGAUGAUCAUUCCAAUAGCUUAAUACGUUAAACACGGAAGUACGCUGUGGUUUUGUGGGCGUUGUGCUAAGGAUCGUUGUCUUGUCGAAAAAUAACUGCUUCUCUAAGCCAACUAAGCAACGCGCCGACUCUUUAAGAUUCCGUUUUCAAAAUGCUGAUGUAAUAGUCUGCCGUCAUUAUGUCAUCGAUUAUCUUAUGAUCACCGAUACCCGACCAAGCAAAUCAUCCCCACAUCAUGAUCAAGUCAAGUCAAAAAUUUAUCUUUAUUUACAUGAUUUUCAGUUUGAGUGAACAAAUUUUUCUCUCAAGUGAUACAUUUAUAAUAAAUUUUCAACUUUGCUUCUUUUGUUUUGAAUAAAGUUGUGUGUGAUUCCUAAGGCUAUGUGAAUUUGAACCCUGUGAAUAGGGAUUUGGUGAUUCAUGGGUUUUUUGAUAAGAUUAAAACUAAACUAAUCUAUCCUAACCUAACCUAACCUAAAAUAUUUACAAUUUAUACAUAAAGAUCCCUAAUAAGGGGGUAAUCAGAUGCAAAAAAUUUUUUAACGAAUUUGUCUUUUGUAUUUAUGAUAGUUACAUUGAAUGAUUGUUGGUUCAGCAUUUCGUGCAUUUGGUUGUUUCUCGCGUAAAAAGGAGCAUUGGUGAUCAUUCUAAGCACUUUAUUCUGAACUACUCUAAGCUUGUUUUUAUGCAUCAUUGCAAAUGAUUCCCAAACUGGUGAUGCAUAUGUAUUUACCGGUUCAGUUAUUUGUUUAAACACUGCCAACUUAUUUGGUCUAGAGAGUUUUGAUCUUCGAUUGAUUAAUGGGUAUAAGCAUUUAAACAGAGUUCCACAUUUUGAUUUAAUUGGAUCAAAAUGUGAUCGGAAUAGAAGCUUCGAAUCAGUACUUUACAUCGCGAUACCAACCAAUUUGGGUGCCCAGAACCGUUGAUGUACAGUCAUCAGGUGGAAUCAGUUUGGCGGACUGUCUAUGCAGAAACAUCACCGCUUGAGUCUUUGCUGAGUUUAUUUUCAAUUUCCAUUCCUCCAUGUAUUUUAUAAGACUACUAGCUGACCCGGCAAACUUCGUCUCGCCCAAAAUUUAUAUUUCGUUAUCACAUCCACGUUUUCUUACUAAGUGCACGUUCAUGGGUCCAAUCGCAGAACUGUUCAUUGACUGAUCUUCUAAUCUACCCUUUAAAAUUAUUUUUUACUACAAAAUUUUAGUACUUCUACCUAAACUCGAUAUUAUAAUAUCAGAUUAUUUUCAGACACAAUUCUCGUGCAAGAUUUUUCAUCCACUUGCAAAAAAAAACAGGUUUCUCAGCUACAUGGAAUAAAUGUUUGAUACUGAAAAUAUGAUAGAAAGAAGACAGUCCAGAAUUGAACAAUUCCUUCCUCGAGUUUUACUCUUAUCAACACAUUCGGCGAUCCAUUUUUAUUUAUAUAGAUAUAAGACGAUAAAAAUGUGCGUUUUGUCCAUAAGAAUCAGACAGAUAGACAGACAGGAAUCCAUUUUUAUAUAUUUUCAAGACAGAAAUCCAUUUUUAUAGAUCAAGACAUCGCUGGAGUUUGUUUUUAAGUUCUCUUGGCACCCUUCCCUUCACCAUGAUUGCCGUAUCAUCUGCAAAAAGUGACAGAUUACAUCCUUCAGGUAAGGGAGGAAUGUCAGAAGUGUAGAUAUUGUACAAUAUUGGACCAAGCAGACUACCUUGCGGAACGCCUGCAGGAAUCCGAAAGAUGUUUGAUUGCACAUGCCCCAGGGACACCUUGAAAGUCCUGUUUUGUAAAUAAGAUUUAAUUGUUUGGAUUAUGUAAGGAGGGAUGUUGAAUUGGCAGAGUUUAUCAUGCCACACGUUAUCGAACGCUUUUUCGACAUCAAGUAUUGCCAUUGAAGUUGACUUUGAUACAGAUUUGUUUAUGAUGCCAUGAUGUUCAACACCCUCACCAGUUGAUGUGUAGUAGAGUGUCCCUUUCUAAAGCCAAACUGCUCAGGCAAUGAGGUACUGUUUCCGUCCAGAUAGUCCGUCGAUCUAUCCAACAGAAGACGCUCGAAGGUUUUGCUCAAAGCUGUAGCUUGAUGUUGUUUUUGGAUCCUUCCCGGGUUUGAGAAUUGGGAUUAUUUUCGCUGUUUUCCAAAUCGAAGGGAAGUAAUGUAGCUCCAAACAACGAUUAAAUAUGGCAGACAGGAGCGAGUAAACUUUAUUACUCAUCUGUUUCAGCACAAUUUUAAAUAUUUCAUCAAACCCGGGGGCUUUCAUAUUCCUAGUCGAUUUCUGAAAUAAUUUUUUCAGAGGUUACCUUCUUAUCUUGGGGUACUGUAAAGAAUUUUCCCUCGAGAUUUUGCACACAACUCGCAACCAUUUGUGACUUUGAACUCUGUAUAUUAUUUUCUAAGUUAUGUGAGCAGACGAAAUGCUCCCCAAUGGCGUUUGCUUUUUCAAAAUGUGUUAUGAGCAAUUAUUAUCAGCUUUGAGAGGUAGUAUUUGCUUUGGCUUGGAUUUUAAAACUUUAGCCAUUUUCCAAAAGGGUUUUGAAUGGCUGCCAAGUCUUUCAACGGUUCUGGAAAAAUUUUGGUUUUUGAAAGCUUUUAUUCGUUUCGCAAUUUCCCUGGACAAAAUUUUGACUUGCUUUUUUUCCCCUAACUCUCCAGACCUUUGGAACUGGCGUCUAAUAAAUUUUUUUAAUCGUAUUAAAUAUUUAGUUUGGGAAUCAAUAGCAAUGUGCUUACCUUUUAUCAACGUUCUCCUAACACAUGUUGCAUCUGCCUCCAUGAUCGCAAAUUGAAGGUGGUUUAGUUCUCGGUCUCGAUAUAUUCAGCAGAUACUAUUACCGGGUUUUCUCCGAUGGAAGCAUCCACAAGUUUUGGAAAGCGAUUCCAAUCAACAUGAUGGUAAUCCUUACGUGUUUCUUUCGGAGCAGGAACGAUUUUGCAAACCAUAUUGCAGAUGAACCCACACCAUGAUACUGCCACCAUCGUGCUUGACCGUCUUUUGGAUAUUUUAGUCGGCAAGAUUCUCGCCAGGUUUUGUCCAAACUCGUGCUCGUUGUUUGCGAAUGAAGAGUUCGAAGGGCCUGACUGGGUAAGGAAGUAAAAAUUAACCCCAAACCAAAUCACCCACUCUAUGGAAAAUAUUAUAUAGGGUAUCAAAUAAGAAAUUUGGACUAUUCUAUGAGGUUCAAUUUCUCUAUAAGAAAGAGCUUCCUGACGAUUUUAACUAUCCCAUCUUAUCAAAUUGAACCGCGCACUAAUAAUGAUAAAACAAUUAAACAACAAUUAAGGGAAUGCGUUGUUUUGACGUUUCAUUGCAGGGAUAGGAAUCUUUUUAAACUUAUAAGGGGUAGGGCACUAUUAAAAAAAAAUUUCUGAGCUGAGAAAUAGUAAUCUGAUUAUGUUAUUGAGUAUGCGUACUUUAUUUUGACCAAGCGAAAAUAGAGUUCAAAUAAAAUUAUGCUUAAGUGUGAAUAACAUAUGCAAUUCAUUGACAAAAUUAUUACACCAAUCGUUAGUAUAUCAAGAAUGCUACAAUUUAUCCCAAUUUAUCGAGUUCUUAUACCUUGUAUUAGAAAAGAUACAGCGAGUUCAACAUUAAGAUAGUGGGUGCGUACUUUAUUUUGUCCAGCGCUGUAUAGCGAAAGUAUACCUUGUUAUUCUGAGGUCAUGAUAAUCUCCAGAAUGAUCUGUUCCAAAACACUCACAACUCAGCUGUGUGCGGUGGUGGUCUACAGAUGCUUGCCUCACCACCACAGCUGGAAGAGAGAUUACGACUAAUUGUAAAUACACCCCAUGACAGUAAAUAAAAAAAAUAAAAGACAAUGGUCGAAUAAUUUAAUUCCAAA